AUGAUCAAUAGGACCGAAAUAUUAUUGGUAUCCGGCGCCAUCUCCAACAGUUUAGAAAAAUAUAAACCGAUGAAACUGGAGGGGAAUCCUCUUGUACUUACGCAAGACGAUAAGUUAAGGAGGUUCUGGCGCUGUGACUUGGGAACAGUUAUACAAACAAUCAAAAGGGUAUUCCGGAAUAAACCAACUUUGACCACACCAUUGUUGGAACAAUUAUACAAAAGUGUAAGCCAUCAGGGGGAGUCAACUUUGUCAACGGUAAACCUACAGAAAUAUUUGCACAUCGAUAACAGGGAGCCAAUAAUAGUUUUUUGGAAUGGGACGACAGAUUUAACAAUUAUAAAAAGAUUAAGGUUAAGAGGUAUUUUAGCAAUUUUAAAUAUAACAGCAUAUAGCGAUAGGAAUAAUGACGAAUUCAAUUUAAAACUAACUAAUAUAGAAACAAAGGAAACCUUAUAUUCAGGGUACAUAGGAAAACUUAAUAAAAACGGCAGAAUGUUAAACUUAAUAGAAGCACAUGGAUUGGUGUGCAAUACAAAUCACCAUAUCACGCAUUUUCACGAUCCAAUUGCUGACGUAAUUUUAACAAAAUGCGUUUUUGACUAUGUAGUCGCGAAAAUAAGACCUAUAUAUUUAUAUAGACUAGCGUUUCAUAAGGAACCUGAACCACAAUAUAAUUACGAUAAUUAUGUUUUCGAUCUUAAACGCAUUAUGCAAGAAACGCAAAAAAUAGCUAGGAAAAACCUUAUUCAAAAAAAGGAAGCUAACAAAGAAUAUUACGAUAGAACUAUGAACGCCAUCGACCUACACGUGGGCGAUAAAGUGUUAAUUAAGGAACAGAAUAAAAAGAACGCGCUUAGUUUAAAUUGGUUAGGGCCAUUCGAAGUUCUAGUGAAACAACACAUUUUCAUUAAGGAACUUAGUACGGUAAUCGGGUUCCAACAACAUAAUCUUAACGCUUUAUAUCAUGACGAAAUACCAAGUUGUUUGAUAUGUCAUAUCGACACAGCAAACAAUAUGACUAAUACGGUUUCUGUUGUUAAGCAUGAAGUUUUCUUUUUCUAA